UCUAAACGUUUAAUCAAUAUAUUAUAGUCCACAAUACCGCAUUCGAAAACGGCCCAUACUAUCUUGUUAACCCACAAAUUGUGUGAAUAAAUAAAUACUCGAUUCUUACUGCUCAAUAGACAUUUGGAUUUUAUUCGAUCGUUUUAAAAGGAACUAAAAGCCGACACUGGGAAACUAUUUUUGCGUUUGAAAAGUACAUACAGUGUCAAAGGCAUGCCAGGCACGAGCAGCGGAAGGAAGAGCAAGACUAUCGGUAUCCAGACGAGCGACAGGCGCCCGCCAUCAGCACGAGAAAAGGGCGUUCAGGUGGACACCUAUCCCGUAUAUCCGGACACCACACAGAAAGCGUCGAUAACAAUCGCCCGCCAGAAACGGAGCAUGUUUCCAAAAAUCAGUUCCGCCACAAAGGAGGUGUACCUGUUCGUACGCGCCAAGAAGGAAUGGGUUCGAAGACUCAUCAAUGCCUUCGUGCGUGACAAGAAAGUGCGAGAAAACUUCCACGGGACGCUGCUUGGACUGGCGGAACAGAUUUCCCGCUGUGAAGGCGAUCUUUACCGUGGACUGCCAGAGCAAUGUUUCGUUGUGAUGAUGUUUCGGGACCAGGACUGUGCCGACAGAUGGUGUCGCUCUACAAGCGUCUUCAAGCAGAAGGACCUCGACGACAGCGAGAUAUUCACCGUGCCUCUAAAGUACAUCCCGGAGGACGACUUGAGAGCGUUCCAGCUUACGGAGAUGUACGGUCUGUUGACGGACCCUGGGCUCUUUCAGAAGGAAUAUGUAGAACCCACAGCGAAAAUCAUGAACAGCAAACACAUUUACCAUGGAAUCGUGGCCUCACAGAAAGUCAACAGGAUUCGCAACUGUAUGAUUAGACCGGAAACCUACAUCCUCGUCAACUGCGCAGAAUCUGAGAGCAAGUUAAUCAGCGAUUUCUAUGAGUCAGACGAGUAUCAGCAGUACAAGAAUAAACGCCAGCGAUUGGUCGCCGAGACAGACACGUGCUUCUUCACGUUGUUACCUCUGAACGAGGCUGGGAAAACCCUCCAGAACGAUCCCUCGCAACUGGGUUAUCUUUCCUAGAAUCAAAGCUCUGCUAAAACGCGAGAUUAUAACGACUUGUGAUAUUUUGUAUAGUCUACAAUCUCCUUUUAUCCAUAGAUGAAGACCAUGUAUUACGUCUUAUUAUGUAGAUACUUACAAACAGUUUUAAUAAACGUGUCUUUCUGAUGAAACGACAUAAUUAAUCCCACCAUAUACUAGUACAUCGUAAACUAUUAAAUGGUGAUGAUUUUUUUUAUUCUUUAAGACACUGAUUGUUCUCCAGGACACUGAUUGUUCAUCUGUUAGUGCAUAUUUUAGACUAUUUUCACUAAGACAAGUAUAUAAGCUUUUUUGAUAGCGGAUGUAAACCUUCUUUGUGAUAUGUUUUAGGUAAGGUAUUAACAUUAAGGCAUUUAUUUCGUAAGAAUAUGCUUCAUUAGUGCAUGUACUCUGGAACGUACAGAAAUUUAGGCAUCGCCACAUUCAUUUCUGCAUUUAUCGUUUUCGUUCUAUCAACUUGCACAUGUCAUCGGCUUUUUAUUGUGCCUUUUUUGUUUAUCAAAGUAACUUAAUAAGUUUUGCUUCUGUAUGUUUUAUGUACUUUUAUCGGGCUGUUUGGUUUGUUUAUUUACAUACUGCAUGCUGUUGUUGUUGUUUUUUUGUUUCGAGGCGGAAAUUGCAAGACGUAUAUAUUAAUGGCUUUGUACCAUCGACACUGCGAGCUACGUUUGCAUUGAUCGGCUUAUAACUAACUUUCAUUAUUGACUAAAUACAUUGUCAUAUUUGAUUAAUUAAGUACGAAUAUAAGAUAAAAGAAAUGUGUGUGAAACAAGAUCAAACAUACUUUUGAAACGCAGUAACAACUUCGAGCCAAAUUUUUUGGAGUCUAAAAUGUUGGAUUUUGUAAUAAGCUGUCGUGACAUAUUACCUUAAUGCAUUUGUAAUCUUUUAUUGUUUGUGUCGGUUUAUAAACAAAUCACUGCCAAGUUGCAUUGCAUCCACUUGUUAAAUAUAUUCACUGAGUGUUAUUUAUUUGUACGUGUUGUCAAAGUUUUUCCAGUUUAUUUCAAUUGCACAAUUUUCAUUACAUCAAUUUAUUGAUUGCUUUUAUGAUUCUAACUCAUGCUAGCCCUAAACGUUUCUAGAUCCGUACGAUCAAUAUUAUUCUAUUAUUAAACACAUGUAUAUAGUUCUUAAAACACAUUUGCAGUUAACAUAGUCUUCCAAGCAAACGAUGAUAAGCUGAUAACAAUAUAGCAAGAGUCGAGUCAUUAAAAAUGGAUCUUAAUUCAUAUGCGACCGUCUCAGAUCCACGCAGUCUGGUCAGCGACCGUCUCAGACCCACGCAGCCUGGUCAUGAGCUACCCUGUCCGCUUAUGAGGCCCAAAAAACAUCGCUUGAUUUGUUAAAAAGUUCUAAGCUCCUGACCAGACUAUGUAAAUGCGAAGGCAUGGCCGGAGCUUCCCUUGCCGCCUAUGAUAUAUUACUAUUACUAAGUUUAGCUCGACGCGGCUCAUAUAAUAAAUAUCACCGACAGACGAGCUUUCUAGCAUGUAUAUACUCAUAUAUCAAACCUCAAGUGAUUAAUUCAAAACAAAACGUGCACGAUAUUGAAGACCAUUCAAUUAUAAACAGAUAUCCGUCCUUUUACAUCUUUUAAUAACUCUAGUUUAGUUUAUUAAUGUCACAUGUUGUAAUAUAAUUAUUAGUAAUAAUCAAGCUUUUGUUAUCGUUUAUUUGUGAAAUGUAAAGAACAGGAAUAAAAGUUUUCUUCCUUGAA